AGAGGGAAAAAAUAGAAAUCGCUACGAAAUCGGCUGGGACAGCGCAAAAACGAAACGAUAACAAUGGCAAGUCAUAAUCGAAGGAUCAGUGGUUGCUAUGGUAACCACCGGGACCUUUAUGGCCUUUGUUCACCGUCACAACAGCAGAUGAAGAUCGUAGACCACCCGUUCAUUGCUCGCCCGGCUCUGCAAUGGCGGUUGUAAACUUCUUAGAACCAUGACGGUUUCGAACACUAUGGCCGACGUUUCCUCACGGGAGCAUGAAAGCGAAGGUGAUAAAAGAAAGAUCGAACAACCACGAGAGAAAACUCUAACACCGUAUGAACGUCUUUCAUAUGACUUGGCACACGACGAACGCUAUCUGAAAGAAAUCACUCUUGGAAAACGGAUAGGAUUCUAUCGCAUUCGUGGAGAGUUAGGUAGCGGAAACUUCUGCCAAGUGAAAAUGGGGAUACAUUCGCUGACAAGAGGUGAGAACGCUCAGUUAAAAGGGAAUUAAAUGCAGUCAUCGCGCGCGUUCGAAUUGCAGUUUCACGACAUUCAUGUUUCUCUGUUUCAUUACAGACAAGGUUGCUAUCAAGAUCUUAGAUAAAACGAAGUUGGAUCAGAAAACGCAACGAUUGCUCUCCAGGGAAAUUUCAUCGAUGGAAAAGCUUCAUCAUCCAAAUAUUAUCCGGCUCUAUGAAGUGAUAGAAACGCUUUCUAAGUUGCAUAUUGUUAUGGAAUACGCUCCCGGUGGAGAAUUGUUCGCUCGAAUUUCGAACGAGGGAAAGUUACACGAGCGAACUGCACGGCGCAUUUUUACGCAGGUCACAUCCGCUGUGGAGCAUAUGGUAAGGUCGAUUUCUCUUUUUAAUUAAAUUUAAGCAUUUGUUACACGAAAAAGCAUUAUUAUAUGGAUCUAAAACUCAGGGUUGGGGAAACUCUGAUGAAAAAUAUAAAUUAUUGAACAUGAAGUGGUUUUAAUUUCAAGUGUGAUCGAUUUCCUAACUUGUUCAGCUCCGACGAAAAUAUGUUACGUAAACCACACAACUUUCAUAGAGGCUGGUUAUUGCUGAUUUUUGAAUGUAUCACUACUAUUAUUUUGCAGCACGAUAACAAUAUUAUUCAUCGAGAUCUGAAGGCGGAGAAUGUAUUUUUCGCUGGUCCAAACUUAGUGAAAGUUGGAGACUUUGGUUUUAGCACUUUAUCUACUAAAGACAGCACUUUGAACACAUUCUGCGGCUCUCCGCCGUACGCCGCUCCGGAAUUGUUCAAAGAUGAACACUACAUUGGAGUUUAUGUCGAUAUCUGGGCUUUAGGAAUACUUUUGUAUUUCAUGGUAACUGGCGUGAUGCCGUUUCGCGCGGAAACUGUUGGAAAACUGAAGAAGUGUAUACUCGAUGGCACCUAUUACCUACCAGAAUUUUUAUCGGAACGUUGUAAAUUUCUAUUACGGAAUAUUUUACGGCCUGUUCCCACGGACAGGUUUACAAUGGAGGAGAUAAAACACUCAUCGUGGCUCGAAGGAGAGGUAUUUCCUCGUCCGGACACAACGUACAGCUUAAAACCUCCGGAACCUGACAGUGCUAACUUGUCAGAGGACGAACGCGAUGCGUUACGCACAAUGAAGGAAUUGGGAAUUUCUUCGGAGCAAUUAUCAAACUGCAGGGAUUCCAGAGAUAGCAUUACUGGUACUUACAGGGUAGUUCUUCAUCGAAUUACGAGAAAGAAAAUUGAACUCGCCCGUAAGACCUCCACACUAAGCAGUUACAGCAAUAAUAAUAACAACAAUCACCAUUUGCGAGGCGAAACACAUCCACGGAAGAUUGAAAGCAAUGAGAGGACCAAGAUACAGCCUAAAUCGAAAUUUUGUGUCAUUCUGUAA